AUGUCAACCAUUACAAGUUUAGCAUAUUCACAUUGUUCUCCACAAUUUUUUUCUUUUUCAACUGAUAAUGGGUAUGUAUGUAAUAUUCCUGUAAUUCAAACUCAAGAUGAUGUUAUUGAAUUCAAUAGUAAAUUUCAUAAAAAUAAAAAUAAAAAAAACUGUGAUUUUAUAUCAGUAAAUGAUUUUAUUAGUAAAAUUAUAUUAUAUCCGUUUGAUGGAACAUUACAGUGUUUAUUAUUACAAUCGGAUAAAAGUAAUUCAUCACAAGUGACAAUAGCAACAUUAGACAAUCAAUUUGUAGAUACAUUUAAACUUUUAAAUUAUUGUGAUAAAAUUUUAUGGAAUCCUAGUGAAAUUAACAAUGAGAAAAUUGCAUGUAAACAGCUUAAUGCAAUUCAUAUUUAUAAUGUAGAAGCAGGUGCUGUUACACAAAAUUUUAUAUCAAAUGAUAUCUUAGAUUUUCAAUGGGAUAACAGAAAUCAAAAUCUUAUUUAUUCAUGUGAUAAUUUUGGUAUCAUAUCUAUUCAAGAUUUACGUCUUUUAAAGGAUAGUAAAUUUGGUGAAAAAGUUAAUAAAUGUAAUUGUAAUAUUUAUGAUAUAAGAAACCAAAAAUUAGUUACGAAUUUUGAAUUAAAAUCUUAUUAUACACCAAAAAAUUGUCUUCCAAUAUACAGUAAACACAUAAAUUGUCCCAUUUUUAAGGUUAAAAGUGUAUCUGAUGGUUAUAUAUAUGUUUAUUUAUAUGGAACAGAUUUUAUGGUAAAGAAAUUUUCAAAAGUACUAAAGUGUUCUGAUAAUAAAGAUAAAUUAAUUCAAACUCGUCAUGUAUAUAAUAUAAAUGAUUUUGACUUUCAUCCAAUAUUACCUUUGUUAACGUCUGUUAGGGAUAUAAUUGAUGUUUCAAAUUUAUACCAUUUAGAAAAUAUUUAA